AUGCCGACGUUCCUGCUGCCCGUGACGCGCCGCUCGCUGCCGUUCGCGACGUCCCUGCUGCACUUCUCCUCGCGCUUCUCGUCUCCUCUUGCCCCUCCCGUCCAAUUCCUCAUCUCGUCCACGUCGCGCGACCUGGCCCACUCUCUUCGUUCCCAGCUCCCGUCCCUCCUCUUCUCCUCCCACGAACACGAAUCCAUCCCGGACUAUUCCGACCCAAAGGACCUCAAAGAGGCCUUGGGGGGCUGUGACGCGGUCGUUCUAGCCGCCAGCGGGUGCGGGGACGACGUCGUCAACCUGCCGAGCAACCCAGCGGACGAGUGGCUUCAGUGCGAGCAGAACGUGGCGAGUCUCGUGUCCAGAGACCACUUGGUCGCCAAGUUAUCGUGGACCGAAGGGUUUGUGGGGGAACGUUCUCCUUCUGCCAUUGGGAGGGCGACCUGGCAGGUAGAACGAGAGUUGAAGCUCAGACUUGGGGGUGGGGAGGGCGAUGGCGACGGGUGGGCUCGUAACCUGCUCGUUCUACGGACCCCCACGGGGAUGGACGCCUUCCUGCGAGGUCGGCUGUUCGACUUGGUCUGUGGGAGGACGCUCUCCACGAGCGUCAAGAGGGGGCGCGUCGCCUUCGUGCAUCCGUUGGACGUCGCGGAGACGCUGAGUGCGUUGUUGCUGCAGAAGGAGAAGGACGUUGCCAAGCUGUUGAGUGAGGGCAUUGGAGACAAGGUGAACUACUCGCACUUCCCCCUAUGGGCCGUCCAGCCGGCGAGAUGGGUGCGUGGGGUCCCUGGAGACGCCAUCGAGGAGGAACUCGCGGUGGUUCGAGCGCUGGAGUCUGGAGCUCAGGAAAAAGUGGACACGCAGGUACUGGAGAAGGUGCUGGGACGCAAGCCGCGCUCGUUCCGUGAGUUUGUCGCUGAGAAUGCGGACGCGUGGCCACGUGCUGACCCACUUUAG